UGCUGAGUGGGGGGUCGGAGGACUUCCGGGGCGUUUUGGCGUCUUUGGAGAGGAAGGGUCUCCGCGUAGGGUAUUUUAGAGACUCCUUGGGCUGGAGGCUCGCCUGCCUGGGCCGCCCUUUCUGCGUUUGCGGCUCCCCGCCGUCGCGAGAGGCGGUGAAUCAUCGGCAAGGCGACUUUGGAAGCAGCUGAUAAAGUAACUCUGCCGCCGGUGCCUUUGGGCUUUUCCGGUCUCCGCCCCGGCUGCCUGUUGCUGCUGCUGUCGAAGUUUUUGCGCCGACUUUUUACUGGGCGAUUGCAUGUGUGGAAGUUUGUGGUCUGGUAAUGAGCCCCCUCCUUCCCGCCUCUCCUUGCAUGCCAGAUGGUCAGGUGUGCUUUCCCAGUUCCUGGUGGUGUUCCUUGCCCCGCAUUUGCUGUUUCUAAAACUAAACGUAGCCGAUGUAAGGGGACCUGGAGUUUUUCCAUUCGGUUUUUUAGAGGUCCUGUAACCUUGAACCAGAGUCUGCCAUCGAUUUUCCUGAUAUUUAGCUUCCUGUGGUAUAUUGAUGAACAGAACUCUUCCACUACAUACCUCAGUUGUGCCUAAGGAGAUAUAUGCAAGAACUUUCUUCAAAAUUGCUGCACCGCUAAUAAACAAAAGAAAAGAAUAUUCAGAGAGAAGAAUUAUAGGAUAUUCUAUGCAGGAAAUGUAUGAUGUGGUAUCAGGAAUGGACGAUUAUAAGCAUUUUGUUCCUUGGUGCAAAAAAUCGGAUGUAAUAUCAAAGAGAUCUGGAUACUGCAAAACACGAUUAGAAAUUGGGUUUCCACCCAUGUUGGAGCGAUAUACCUCAGUAGUAACCUUGGUGAAACCACAUUUGGUAAAGGCAUCCUGUACAGAUGGGAGACUUUUCAAUCAUUUGGAGACUGUUUGGCGUUUUAGCCCAGGUCUUCCUGGCUACCCAAGAACUUGUACUUUGGAUUUUUCAAUUUCUUUCGAAUUUCGCUCACUUCUACACUCUCAGCUUGCCACGCUGUUUUUUGAUGAAGUUGUAAAGCAGAUGGUAGCUGCCUUUGAAAGAAGAGCAUGUAAGCUGUAUGGUCCAGAAACAAAUAUACCUCGGGAAUUAAUGCUACAUGAAGUUCAUCACACAUAGAGGAGAAAGAAGAAUUGGUGUCACCUACUUCUAAGUUUGUUCAUAUUUAGGAAGUGCUUUCAUCAUUAACUUUUAGAAGUCAGAAAGUAUUUGUUAAACCCAGCUUUGAUUAUAAACCUGCACCAUUUAAAAUUUGCACACAGAAUAUUGAACCACAUGUACAUAGUAUUUUCUUCAAUCAAGUAUAAUUCAAAGCAAUGUAUACAUCAGCAUGUUCUGCAUUUACAAUGGGAUGUCAUCACUGUUGCUAGAAUACUGACAUCCCUCUUCAGAGCAGAAAUUGAAACUAAGUUUAAACUUUCCAUUAUCACUUUACUUGAAAAAGGUUAGUUUAGAUAUUCAUGAUGUAUGUAUUAUAUUAACCAUAUCACACUUAAGUUAUUAAAUUCACACUGUGUAACUUAUUGUUACAGGGGCUGCCCUGUGGCUUAGCUUAUUUGCCUAAUCAUUAGAUAUUUUUAAACUUUGACUUAAAAAGCUGUCAAUAAAAGUCCCCUGGCACUUUUGAUACUUUAAAAAUUGUUCUUAUGGGGGGUAGAAUUCAGUGCUAUAGUGAGGUUAGCUUCCAGAUACAGAGUGAAUAUAUUUUUUGGUGAGUGGUCCAGACUUUAAGCUACCCUCUCCCAGGUACUUUGGCUGCUCUUUCAACAAAUACUAAUUGUGCACCAAAUUUUGUCUUCAGCAGAUGAAGAUGGUUGAUACAUCUCCAGCACUAUGCAUCCCUAUUUUCUAUUUAUUAUGUAUACUCACUUUGGUAUUUCAGACUAUUUUUUUUAAAACAAAUCAAUGUAAGGACUGAAGUGGUAACUUAAUAAAGGUAAUUUGUUUAUUUUUUGUAGUUA